GUUGGAUCCUGAUCGACCGCUGUGGGAAGCAUUUUGGAACCAUCUUAAAUUACCUGCGGGACAACACGGUUAUUCUACCCAAGAACCGUCAGGAGAUCAAGGAGCUGAUGGCCGAAGCCAAAUAUUACCUCAUCCAGGGCUUGGUGGACCUCUGUCAAGCUGCCUUGCAGGACAAGAAAGAGGCCUACCACCCAAUCUGCAAUAUCCCUGUCAUCACGUCACCGAAAGAGGAAGAGAGGCUCAUUGAAUCAGCCAUGAAG